CGCUAUUAGACGCGGAUCUGCGAGAUCGAUCUAGAGGAAGAAGAAGGAAGCGAUGGCGGCCAUGGGAGCAGGACCAGAUCACCUCUUCAAUCUGAGAAACCAAUUCUACCUGGGAGCUUAUCAAACGGCGAUCAACAACAGCGAGAUCCCUCACCUCUCGCCGGAGGACGCCGUGGAGCGCGACUGCCUCGUCUUCCGCUCCUACAUCGCCCUCGGUAGCUAUCAGCUUGUCAUCAGCGAGAUCGAUGAAUCCGCCGCUACUCCACUGCAGGCAGUCAAACUCCUCGCUAUGUAUCUAUCGAGUCCUGCUAAUAAGGAAUCAACCAUCUCAAGCUUGAGGGAAUGGUUGGCAGAUUCAACAAUAGGCAACAAUGCUACUUUGCGACUGGUUGCUGGUAUUGUUUUCAUGCAUGAGGAAGAUUAUAGUGAAGCUCUGAAGCACACUCAUGCUGGAGGAACUAUGGAUCUGCAUGCGUUGAACGUCCAGAUAUUCAUUAAGAUGCACAGAUCAGAUUAUGCUGAGAAGCAGCUUGGAGUUAUGCAACAAUAUGACGAAGACCACACUCUCACUCAACUUGCAACCGCUUGGUUUAACCUUGCAGUGGGUGGCUCGAAGAUACAAGAAGCGUAUCUAAUUUUCCAGGAUUUCUGUGAGAAGUAUCCCAUGACGUGCUUGAUCUUGAACGGUAAAGCAGUUUGCUGUAUGCAAAUGGGUAAUUUUGAUGAAGCUGAAUCACUACUCCUUGAAGCACUCAACAAGGAUGCUAAGGACCCAGAAACUCUUGCAAACCUUGUCGUCUGCAGUCUUCAAAUUGGCAAGUCCUCUUCACGUUACUUAAGCCAGCUGAAACUAUCACACCCAGAACAUGUGCUCGUGAAGCGUGUUUCAUCAGCCGAAGAUAACUUUGAGAGAGCGGUUCAAUCUGUGGCCUGAAGACGACUCUUCCAUGGUUCAAGCUGUGCAGUAUCGGUUUGCUUUACCACAUAGUCUCCCGUGUUUGGUAAACCCACCAGAAUAACCCCUUUCUGUCUUGUCUUUUUUUGAGAUCAGUAUAUGAACCAGAUUUUGUCAUUGGGUGUGUUACAUUUACCAUUUCAUUACUUCUAAAUAUAAAGCUCCACCGUUCACUCUCUUA